AUGUCUUCGUCGAGUCAAUCAUCUAGUCUUGUUUCAUUGCAAUCAUCAACAACAACACCCUAUCUCAGAUUUUCUCAAUUAGAAAAAGAUACAGAUCUCGAUGAACGCAAACCAAAUUUUAAUCAUGAACUGGAACAGUUAUUAGCAUUUUGGUUAAAUGAAAAGAAGAAGAACGACAUUUUUGGAAGUUUUCGUACAGCUAAUUUACAUACAGAUUGUCUUGGUGAAGUCGACGUUAUAUCGGAUGCUGAGCAUAUCAAAAAAUUACUUAAAGUCCCAUUUAAUAAACAAAGUCAAAUUAGUAUGAUAGUACACAGAGCUGGUCGUACAAUUUUAAUCGAUGAAUUUGAUGUACAUUCACACUUAUUAAGAUUAGAAAAGAAUGAAUGGGCAUGGUUUCGGGAUUUUUUUCUUGAUACAAUUCUUCGUAAUAUAACAGUAAAACAUUUUUAUAAGAAAAAUAAAUCAAGAAAUGAAUUAAUCAAUAAAGAUCGUUUUGUUAAAUUUCUUUGUCAAAGUGUUGAAGCACAAGAUGAGUCUAGUCUCUCGAAAUCUCAAUGUAUAAAUUCAAUGUCUGAUGAAUCGAUUUCUCCACCACCUCACAACAUUAAUAAUCUUGUUAAAAAUAAUACCGACAGCAGUGAUAACAAUAAUAACAAGAGUUUAAAUGAUAAUGAUUUGAACGAUCCUCAACAAGCAGAUAAUACAAAUGAGACAAGUUUUAAUAAAGCAUUACAUCGUCAUGUACUAUGGACAUUUGAAAAUAUUAAAAUGUUGAUUGGUUCAGAUUUACCCAUAUUUGGAGAUGAACAACAUCCAGCAGUCAGCUUACGAUUGAGAGACAUGCACAAACCAAUUAAUGUUUUAACUGGAAUCGAUUAUUGGUUAGAUAAUUUGAUGUGUAAUGUCCCUGAAUUAGCUAUGUGUUAUCAUUUGGAUGGUAUAGUACAAUCUUAUGAAUUAAUCAAAACCGAAGAUAUCCCAUAUCGUGAAGGGUCAAAUUUUCCACCUACUGUAAUUAGAGAUUUGGCAACAAAUUUAUUAUCAUUCUUGAAAUCGAACGCGACGAAAGAAGGUCAUACCUAUUGGUUAUUCAAAGGUCCGGAUGAUGAUAUUGUUAAAUUAUAUGAUUUAACGAGUUUGUGUGAAACCAAUCGCGAUGAUAAUCCCUAUACAUUACCUGUCGCAUUAUUAUUAUACAAAAUGGCAAGUAAUAUGGUAACAAGAAGUGAUCAUGACACUCGUUCAAAAGAAUCUGGUACAAUUCGUACAUUAUUAAAACAUUGUUUAAACAUGUUAGAUCCAAAUAAAUUUCCGGAAUACUACUGUGCAGCUGCGUAUAUGAUGAGUGAUCUUUACAUUGAUGAUAAUGUUAGUGAACAAUCUUGGACGAGUGACGGCUCAGAAGUAAUGGAUCCUGACUCAUUAAAUGACGAUUUAUUAUUUGAAAAUGAAAAAGAAUUUCGUCCGUAUACAACUGUCGAUAUUAAUACAUUAGUUCAACCACAACAACAUCGUUUCAAAAAUAUACCAGAUAUGGCACGUUUAGGCAACAUUCAUGGAACAUUGAAUGCACGAGCAUCACAAGCUUUAAAAUAUUUAGUAGAGGCAUUGCGUGGUAAUGCUAUACAUCGUCAUUCACAAGCAAAUAAUGAUAUGAAUUCUCAAAGUGAACAAGAUCAAUGUCAACAAAAAUCAAAAUUAGUUGUACCAUUACAAUAUAAACCUACAAGAACAUCAUCAAAAAUACUAAUUGAUAAUAAAAAUCGUUUAACAGAUGAUACACGUUUAAAAGCACUUAUAUUGCAUAAAGCGGCAGCAGCAUAUUUUUGUUUAGCUGAUGGAAAUGAAAAACUCAAACACUAUGGAUUGUGUUUACGUUCUCUUCGAUUAGCAUUAAAAUGUCAUAGUGCAAAAAUAAAACUUCAAAUAUCCGAUACAGAAGCUAAAAAAUUGUUAUCCUACAUUAUGAGUAUUGCCGGUGAUUGUCGUCGAAUGAUUGCUCAUACAACAUCAUCAGAAGAGAUAGAUAAAUAUCGUGAACAGUAUAAUUUAGAUAAUGAAAUUGACAAAGAAUUUGAAAAAGUCACCAGUGAAAUAACCGGAGAACAAACUGAAUUCAGUUGGGUAUCUGAAUUAACACCAAUGAUAGAUCGAAAUCUCUUUGCAGCCGUUCAUUCAUAUGAAUAUGCAAUUAAUUUAGUUAAAAAUCUUGGUGAUAACGAGAGAAAACGUUUAAAUUUAUUAACAAAACGAUUUGGCAAUGUUAGAAAUGAAAUGGGCUGUUUUUACAUGAAUAAAUGUGAACAAGCGGUGAAGAGUAUUGAUCAAGAAACAAGUAAAGAAGUAAAGGAACUAUUUCGAAAAAGUUUCGAAAGUUUUGAUAGUGGUAUACAAGCAUUUGAAUCAAUUAAUGAUGUUUUAAAUAUAGCAUUGUUGUAUAAUAAUCUUGGACGUUUAAUGAGAUUGUAUGCACAAUUUUAUGCACCAAUUGUCAAUGGUACAAGAGGAGAAUUUUCACAACAAGAACGACAAUAUUAUAAUAAAGCAUUCGAUUACUAUCUGAAAGGAUUGAAAUUAGUUGAAAAUCGUGGUGAUUUACAUAAAACAUUAUCAUGGGAAUUAAGUGGGGCUUAUUAUACAUAUGCUACUAUGUUACAGGAUUAUGCUCCAUUGAGUACACAUCCACAAGAAGAUAUCGAAAAAGAAGUAAUUGAUUCUAUGACAAAAUCAUUAAAAUAUUUAGAAAUUGAAACAUUAUCAUCAUCCUCUGAUCGUAAUUCAUUAGCAACAUAUCGUGCAGCAACAAUUCAUCAUCGUCUAGCAUCACUUUUACAUAAUGCUUUACGACAUCAAGAUAGUAAGAUCAAACGAAAACAUUUACGUUCAUUAGCAUCAUUACAUUAUCAAAAAGCAUUGAAAUUAUUCUCCGUUCAAGAAAAUCCGCUGGAAUAUUUACGUGUACUACUUGAAGAAGUGGCACUUGCAGAUUAUGAAUUGCAAAAUGCUACUGAGAAUCCAUCUCGUUUCAAAUAUGCGCAACAAGGUUUAAAAGCAGCAUUUCAAUGUCAAGAAUGUAUUGAAAUAAUUGAACAUAAUCGUUCAAGUGAAGAUUCAGAUGAUUAUACGGAAAAAUUUUCACAAGAAGCCUAUCGUUUAUUAACUAUACUAAAUGGACGAAUACAAAGUUUUUUGAAAGAAAUUGUUAAAAUUUCAAAAACAACAACCGUAAAGAAAAAAUCAAAUGAAAAUGAGAAUACAACCGUUUUUGAAGAUUAUAAAGAAAUGUACAAUAUAGCAUUAAGAUUAAACGAAAAAUCGACUACAUUUCCACGUGAUUUACUACAAGCAUUUGAACGAAUGAAAAAGAUCUAUGAUAAACACAGUGUAACAAUAAAUGACUGA